AGCUGAUGAAUAAUGAAUUGGUGAUUUUUGAUAGCUAGCCAGAUGUUAGCAACGGACAAAGUGAAGUGGAGACGGUAGUUGCUGCGAGGUUUUUAACUAAUUCACUUUCUGUUUCUUUACCUGGCUUUUGCGUAAAGUUUAUUUUAAAAAAAGAAGUAAGCUACUAUAAUGCCAAAUGGAAACUGAACAGGACAAUCAAUUUUGUUCCUUCAACGUUGGUGGUUGUUUUUUUUCCAUCCGGUUCAACCGACUUUCUCACCUUCAGGACUCCUUGCUUUUCAAAGACACGUCUUCUGGUCAGAAACCACGGUGGUUUAUCGACAGAGACGGAUGCACAUUCAGACAUGUACAGUAUUAUCUACAAACUGGGAAACUAGCUACAUCAUGUGUAUCAGAAUUAAAUAUUUUAUAUGAGCUUACUGCAGGUCUACGUCUAACGUCACUGCUACAGGCCUUAGAGAACCUCCAGUCAGGGAAGCAUUUCCUGCGAGACCGGCCAGUAGACCUGCAGGUGACUGAGAGAGCCACCCUGAACUACUGGAAGACCAGAAUCUGUAACACCAGAGAACCUGAACCCGUAGCCAGCCCAGUGUCCUCAGUUCAUGACGCGGUACCCCUGGGUCUGGUGGGGACUCCUCUGGUCGACGGUGACGAGGAGGUGCUGUACUGCUUCGUUCCCAUGGAGACGGUCCGCCUGUACCCCGCCCUGGUGACGCCUCACAACCUGCUGUGGCUGUGUGACGACCUGGUCGUCAUCGAGUGUGACAGCUCUCUCUUCAGAUUCAUAGCUAAUUACCUUCAGACCGGAAACAUCUUCCUGCCAGAGGACUUCAGUGAUCAUGACAGGUUGAACCAGGAGGCUGGAGCCGCUGGCAUGACGGACUUCCUGGAAGAGUUACAGAAACGACCCGAAUUGAUUGGUGAUGACAUCAUGCAGCCUCAAGAUGGCUGCCCUCAGAUGAAGCAGCAGCCGCAGCAUCGGUUGACCCCUCAACCUCUGUACAUUAUGACCUUUGACCUGUUGGUGAGGUACCAGGACUCGGCUCUGGGACAGCUCUGUGUGGACAGUAACGUGGAGGGCAGCAGGCUGCACCUCUCUGGUAACGGGGUGGUCUUCCAACACGUGGCGAACUGGUUAGGGACGUGUCGUGUCCCGCUGACGGAGAGGCAGUGUGAGCUGCCGGGGUUGUGUGAGUACCUGGACAGGCAGGAUGAGGCCUACCACACAUUCAGAGAUGCACUGUGGGAGUUCCUACACAGGACCAGGACCACAGGCAGGUGUUUUACAGCAGGGCCCUGGUCCGCCUCAGUGGCAACGUUCAGCAUUUAUAAAGUUGUUAAAGUUUAUGUGGGAACACACUGGUACGCCACUUACUACAAAACCCUGUUCAAGCACCCAGAGCUCCUGUCCAACCCCAGGAAGAGCAGCUGGAUCGUAUUCGGUCACAGUCUCCAGAUCAGGGCCGACGGAGCGAUGUUCAGACACAUCCUCAACUUCCUGAGAUGUGGACGCCUGUUGCUGCCCUCUGUGUUCAAGGAAUGGCGGCUGCUGUGCAAUGAGGUAGAGGAGUUUCAGAUCCCAGCUCUGACUGGAGCCCUGGAGGACUGUUCUGACUACAGGGCCUGGUGUGAGAGCAACACGCCUGCUGCCGGUAACCAGUCUUCCUCUUCAGCCGAGUCCUUACUCUUUUACAACCAAGAUCAAGAUGUCUUCACGGGGAUCGGUUACCAACCGGAGAGCAUGGAUGUAAGUCCAUCACAAACACAACAUGGAGUCAGUCCUGAAGACUCCUUCAUCUCAGUGGGUGAGGACAUCUGUCCCUUGGUGGAACCAGAGAACGAGCUGAGACGGAGAGACUGUCUGCUUCAGAGACUAGAGGAGAGCAGACAGGUCAAUACAGAGGACAGCAUAGAGCCAAGCCAGCUGUCGCCAGCUCCUCUACAGUCAACAGUACAGUCUGGUGGUCAGACCAGUCAGCUCUCAGUCCCCUCUGACAGACUGUCUCAGAACAAUACCACAUCAGAUACCAGCAGCAAACUCUCAUCCUCCCCUUUGGUACCAAACAGAACAUUGGACACAAUGGAUAUCAGAAAGCUAUCCUCUUCUCUCUGCAGUGUAACACACCAGCUUGACCAUCCUAGUAAAUUCUCCCCAACAGGGCUGAGUAGUCCUGGACAGAAACCAGUAGGUUCCAGACACUUCUCAUCUCCUGGUCGAUAUCAGGGUGGUUUGGUAGAGAGGGCAACGCCAGACGGUCUAGAUGAGAUCUCAGCCUCUCUCCAGAGCAUGAUGGCAGAGACUGUGUUUCAGAGUGGGCCCAACACACAGCCCUGGGGGUCACCAUCUGGGGAAGGGACCCUCUGCCCCUGCACAGGUUCCAGGGGCUCCACGCCUGACCCUAUCCCUCCUGACCCACUCCCCAAUCCAGCCUCAGCCAGGCUGUCUACCCUCACAGCCUUCCUGGCCAGACAGGGACUCCCUGGAGGCGCACAGGGGACAAGGUACCGCACACAGAGGGCCGAUGUGGAGGGAGAGAGUCAGGGACGGAGCACAGUCAAGCCUAACAGCAGUACUCAGAGAGAAGACUUCCAUUGGAGCAGACCUGCCCUGGGGGGCUGCUUGUUCCCGGUGCGGGGCUGUGUCCUCAGGGUUGACCACCCUCCGGUCCUGGGCAGAGGGGAGCCUGGAGGAUACUUCACCCAGAGCCUAAUCUACACAGCCAGUCCUCCACACACAGGUUACGGAGCCGACAAAGACCUAAAUGUGAGAGGAGAUAUCAAGAACAGUUUGUCUCCAGGUCCAGAUGUGGCUUUUGCCUGCUUCAAUGUGUCCUGGGAGGACAUGGUGUUUGGGAGGCAGUGCCAUGUCUUUCUGACCGGACUCAUCCUGGACUCCAUAAGACUAGAGGACUCCAAGGACUGCACUCUCAAGAUAACCAACCUGGUCUAUUUCCUCUGGACAGGACAGGUGAAAGCUGAGGACUUUGUCUCUGAGCUGCUCAGAAUCAUUUGUUCUGAGAGACGGGAGAAGAGCAGAGAGCAGCAGCUCCUGCAGUGGUUGGAGUUCUCCCUUCCUCUAGCCCAGCGCUACUCUGACUGUCUGGAGCAGCUGGACAGAGGACACUGUCGUACAGUCAGUCUGUUUCCUUAAGACUACAGACCCGGUGUUCCCCCCCACCUCAACACAGUAAGACAGACUACAGACACACAGUGUUCCCCACACCUCAACACAGUAAGACAGACUACAGACACACAGUGUCCCCCCCCCACCUCAACACAGUAAGACAGACUACAGACACAGUGUCCCCCCCCACCUCAACACAGUAAGACAGACUACAGACACACAGUGUUCCCCACACCUCAACACAAUAAGACAGACUACAGACCCAGUGUCCCCCCCACCUCAACACAGUAAGACAGACUACAGACCCAGUGCCCCCCCCCCACCUCAACACAGUAAGACAGACUACAGACACACAGUGUUCCCCCCACCUCAACACAGUAAGACAGACUACAGACCCAGUGUCCCCCCCACUUCAACACAGUAAGACAGACUACAGACCCAGUGUUCCCCCCACCUCAACACAGUAAGACAGACUACAGACCCAGUGUUCCCAACCUCAACACAGUAGGACAGACUACAGACACACAGUGUUCUCCCCACCUCAACACAGUAAGACAGACUACAGACACAGUGCCCCCCCCACCUCAACACAGUAAGACAGACUACAGACCCAGUGUCCCCCACACCUCAACACAGUAAGACAGACUACAGACCCAGUGUUCCCCCCCCACCUCAACACAGACUACAGACCCAGUGUUCCCCCCACCUCAACACAGUAAGACAGACACACAGUGGUCCC